GCCAAAAGAUAAUGGAAUAUCCUCACGUUCUGUGCCCUAAGAGCAUGCACCUCCUUAGCCUCAAGGUACUUGAAGAGAGAACUCCUUCAGGAGCCCACAGCUUUGGAGUAAGUCUGCCUGGGUAGCCACACAGGCUCUGGCUCUGCUUCACUCUGACCUCUGGGGUCAAGUGGCUAUAGCACCUGUAUAGGCAGUCAGGGCAUCUGACCUCUGUAGAGGAGGGGUACGGGAGAGGCAGGUAUGCUGGAGAUCUCAGGAAAGUCCCUGUGCUCUGGUUUUAGCAUGUGGCUGAACUGAGCCUUCUUGCUCACACAGGGCCCUUUCAGCACUUGGCUAGGCACCCUCCUCAGGCCGUCCUCCUGCUUUGGAGUUGGUGCCAGACCUCCUAGAGUCCUCAAGGUCCCCUGCAAAAAUACAGUUAUACUUUCAGCAAAAGCCCAGGAGCCAGGCCAGUGGAGACUAGGGACAGGCCGAUUGGGAGUGUUCCAUCAGUAAGCUCUUCUUAGCUCUGGGACUCAUCACAACUGCCUUCCCACCUGGGUGGCCCAGUCCCAGGUCACCCCUGACAGUGCAGCAUGAGGCUACCCCACCCUGGCAGCUCCUGCAUGGGCAGCUCCUUGGCUGCACCUUUGGCCAUCACUCUGGGUUCUUCAGCCUAGGACAGGCAGGUUCCCAAGAUGGCCACUCUCCAAAAGACCUCAAGGCAGAACAGACCCUGGUGUGUGCUCUGGGAUCCUUUGGAGAUUAAACUUCUCAUCCUCUUCAGGUCUGCAGACAUAAAAGACAAUCUCAGUCCAGAAUCCAUCCCUAGACCCUGGCCUGGGCACAACUACCAGGCUGGACCACACACGGUGGGGGUGACCUCGCCUAGGGAUGAGAGGCAAGGUUCUGACGGGAGGAGGACCUAGGAAGAGGGGUCAGGGAGUCAGAUGGUUGCAGGACGGUCUUUUGAAACAGCCCUGACCCCUGGGGGCUGUGGAGAAAUAGAAAGCCACUAGUGAACGCCGCCAAUGCAUAUACUAAAGUGCCUGGGCGUCUGCUGCCACCAAGUGACGGGCUGCAGGAUUGCAGGGCGCGUUUAUUGGCUAGACAGGAAGCACGGGUUUCUGAGCUUCGUCCCCUGGGCUUUGCGGUUUCGUUCCUCUCUUUGGUAGAGAAACCCAGUUCCUCCUAUAAGAAGAAAAUGGUGCAAAGUUGGAUUUGGAAGUCCUGCCCAUGGGGACAUCCUGGGAAAGGCUGAAGAACUGGAAACUGAGGCAGAGCAUUGUCUAGUACCGCUGGGAGGGCCCCCAGCUGCCGCCCCUGGUUUCUCAUGGAGGGCAGUAAGAGUGAGCCAUGGGCUGCUCUGCUGCGUAGCACUGUGAGCGGGGACGUGGAUUUGACCCCGAACGGUCAGCCGCUGCCACCACUGCCUGCUUUUUCCAGCCAGGAGUCUCUGCCUGACCCGGAGCCUACUGUGCCCCCUGAGGUCUUCACUGUGGGAUCCAAGACUUUUUCCUGGACGCCUUUUCCACCUGCCCUUGGUGGCUCUGCAAACUCCUACCAGUUGUUCCAUGGGCCUGGAGGCUCCGUGGGGUCACCUAUUCCAUCCUUGAAAAGAUGUCCUGCACCAGAUUCCCGUCAGACUCCCAGCCCCCAAGAGUGUGUGUCUGUGCAGAGUACGCCUGUGUUGCUGAGCUGCCCAUUGUGCCAGAAGGCAUUUGAUCCGACGCUGGCCCAGCUGGAUGUGGAUAGCCACCUUGCUCAGUGCUUGGCUGAAAGCACAGAAGACAUGGUGUGGUGAGCUGCAGGAUGCCUCUCCUGUCCCCUCCUUCCGGCACACACACUGACAUAGGGAUGUGACUGCUGAGAUGUGUCUUCGUGUGGACACCUGAGCACAGACUCCUCUGGUUUUGUGCGUGGGCACUGGGCACAAUGCUGAUCACCGUGGUGCCGACGUCAGUAGGUCCUCUGUGAUGGCUCCUUUCUUGUCAACUUAACUGGGUUUGGAAAUCACCUAAGAGACAGACCUCAGAGUGUGUCUGUGAAGCUGUUUCCAGAGAUUAAUUGAGAAAGGAAGACCCCCCUUGAAUGUGGGUGGUACCAUCCUGUGGCCUGGGGUCUCACUGAAUGAAAAGGAGAAACUGAGCUGCUUCCUGACUGGGCAUGGGAUGUGCUUCUCACCUGUCACCACAGCUACAGCUGCUUUUGCUACUGUAACGUCAGCCGUGAGCCAGAAUCCAUCUUAAGUUGCUUUGAUCAAGUAUUCUGUCAUAACAGGGAGAACCCCACCCAAGCAGGUGAGCCAGAUCUGUGACAAGACAGAACGGGGUAUCUCUACCCAAGUCAGCGUUUGUACACAGGCUGGCACCUUCUCCUGACUGCAAGAGUGAUAUACUGGAUUACACUUCACAGACAUUAAAAAAAAAAAAAAAAAGUCUUUAAUAGAUGUGCAAGAAUACGAACGACCUUGGCCGUGGAGGGCGAGAACAUCGUCCACAGAAGGAACGCCGGCCAGCGAUGGGCUCCACUGAUCAAUUGUACAAAACCACAUGGUUAUGGCUACUGCUUUACAAUCAUGAAAGUCACCAGUGUUCGUGAACCAUUUUCAAAAGACACACGCUAUCUUGCCUGGAGCCGUUUGCAAAACGUUAAGGUAUUUCCCACCCACCCACCCCAAGUCACAUUUCAUUACAUCCUUCACUUUCUUUAAUUUAUAAAACAAAUUACUAUAUAUAAAAAUCUCCCCUUCUGGUGGGCACAAUGUUAUUCACACAUUUGUACAUGAGCAGCCGAACCAGUAACCAGCAAGUCAUUUGGCAAUAGGGCAGUAUCCAAAUAAACAACCCCAUUUCUAACAAA